GGAUCUGGAGCAGUAUGUGGAGACACUGAGAACUGACUCCAGCCCUGCUGUGUCUCAGAGAGCCGUGACGCUGAAGGAGGUAGAGGAGGGAGCUGUCAGUCUGAGGAAGGUGGGCGAGAACCUGGCUGGACUGAAAGGGGAGUUUCCAGCUCUUCAAUCCCGUAUGCGGGCGGUGCUCAGGGUGGAGGUGGAGGCUGUUAAGUUCCUCAAAGAAGAGCCGCACAAGCUUGACAGCAUGCUGAAGAGAGUCCGAACCCUCACGGACACACUCAGCAACCUUCGCAGGUCUGCCACAGAAAGCCUGCUGAAGCCCUCUGACCCUGUUUCCUCAACACCUGCCUCUGAAAAACCAGAAUCAGCUGUGGUUGAAUCCCUCAAGACUGCCUCGGUUGCACCUCAGAGCUCCACAGUGAGGUCAGAGGUUAUGACGUCAAACCCUGUGGUGAUCCACCAUGCCCAGGCCUCUCCGGUAGCUUCACAACAAUCCCAGCAAUCAACAGCACCCUCACCCAUUCCCUCUGCCGCACAAAGACGAGAGUCUACCCCUUCACCCACCAAACAGCUCAAAAAACCCUCACUCGAGCAGACACUAAUACCAAAUAACAGCAGUAAUGGAGUCUCUUCUAAUGGCAUUCAUGGCAAAGGUCCUUCUACAAACUUCAUUGAGGAGAUCCACGCAAGCCGCAGCAAGAACAAGAACAGAGCUGUGUCAAUAGAGGCGGCAGAGAAAGAAUGGGAGGAGAAGAGGCAGAACAUGGGUCAUUAUGAUGGGCAGGAGUUCGAACGGAUGCUCCAGGAAGCAGAAGCCAACAUGCUGAGAGGAAUACCAAACCUUGAGGUGCCCAGCGAACCUGAGGGCUCCCCUACAGUGGUUCCUGCCUCCCUGGAGGAGGUGGUAGAAAAAAAUGAGCCCACAGCAGCACCAGCAGAGCAGGAUGACAAUCAGCCAAAUUCUGAGAAACCUACUAAGACUGCUCCAGAGAAACCUCCCAAACCUCUGGAGAAACCAGUCAAGUCAGCUUUGGAGAGACCUCUUAAACCCAACCUAUCCAUCAAAUCCAGCCUAGAGAGACAAAGUAAGACUCAGGAAAAAGUUGUUAAGCUUCAGACCACAGAGAAAGCCAACAAGUCUCCUCCUCCACCCCCACCUCGACGAAACUACACCACCAAUACCGGGAUGACCACCACCCGAUCUGGAGAGGUCAUUUACACCAGCAGGAAGGAGUCUGUUAUGGAGGGUGAAGAGGAGUCCAACAGUACAACAUCUCAGCCUGAACCAAAAUCCUCUCCAGAGGUGAAGCCCAAACCCAUUACUCCUCCACCUAUCGCUGCCUCGGCUAUUACUGAGGAAGACGAUGAGGGAGACAAGAUUAUGGCAGAGCUACAGGUUUUCCAGAAGUGCUCUUUUAAGGAGGUAGGGCUCAAGGGUUUGGUAGAGCCACAGAUCAAAGAGCUAAGACCUGGGGUCUUACUGCCCCUUAAAGAUAAGAAGAAUACUGAAAACCAAGACGACAAGAACCCUGACACAGAUGAGAAUGGCAACAAUACAAUUCGUCAGAGUCCUGGGGUCAUCUACUAUGUCACAGCUCAGAUCUCCAAGGGAACUCCAUCAGCCUCAGAGGAAUCAACAGAACGUAGAGACGCAUCACUGUCUCCCCCAUCACAGGUGUCACAUGUCAAUGCUUCUGACCAAUGCCAAAGCCAGCUACAGGUAUCCACUAACAAAUUUGGCGCCCUCAAAAGUAGCGGUCCAGCCAGCUCUUCUAUCACUCUACAACAAAAUCAGCUGCCUCGUUCAGCCUCGUUGAAGUCAAAUCCACCCUCUCCACUGGAAGAAGUUCCAGCUAGCCCAACCCAAGGGAAAGUUCAUGUGGUCAAGGCUGCCCAAGUGCAGGUUAGCAUAGAGGAGAGGGUAGAGUCUCCAACAGCAAUUUGCUCACCAGUCUCUUUUGAAAACACUGCACCGAUUCUUUCUAAAGCAGUCCCUGUUGGGACAGAUUUAGCAAAUCAGAAAUUUAUAUUUGGUUCAUCCAAGGUGAAGGAAAAGAAAUUUGAGGAAAUGGAGGAAAAUAAUGAGGCCUCUCUCAGUCCCGAUCUGUCAGGAGAAGAGCCACCUCCGCCUCCUCCUGAUAACUUUGCCUUUAUGAUCACUAACACCAAGGUACAAGCCCUUUCCACUGGUGAGUACCAUCAGCUAGUCAAUGCCAAGAAAGGUAAUGUGCAGACAGUUACUGUUGGCAACAAACGACCAAGUGCUUCUGAAAGUGGCAUGGCAUCAGGAGGUGAUGCCAGUAUUAAUGGUCCUACUGGUGCUGACAACGGCAGUAAAAAGCCAGUCAUCAUAAUCUUUGACGAGCCAAUGGAUAUCCGCUCAGCUUAUAAACGCCUCUCUACUAUCUUUGAAUGUGAAGAGGAGCUAGAGCGGAUGCUUGCAGAAGAAAGAAUAGAUGAGGAGAGUGAGGAAACUGAGGAAGAAGAAUGGACUAAGGGAGUGCAGGUCAAACAGAAUGGAGAUGGUAGGGAUUCUGGAAAAAGUACUGGUUCAAAUUCUCCUGCAGAUAUCACAGAUGGUCAAGUCAGGAACUCUUCUUCAUCCUCAUCUUUAUCUGAGGGAGGGGCAUUAGUAGACGUUGCUGGUGACGCAAAGCAAGAUGGAAAGAAGAAGUUCAAGUUUAAGUUCCCCAAGAAACAGCUAGCAGCAUUAUCGCAAGCCAUUCGAGCUGGAAGUAAAACAGGCAAAAAGACUUUGCAGGUUGUCGUCUAUGAGGAUGAGGAAGAGUCAGAUGGGACUGUCAAACAACACAAAGAGACCAAGAGGUUUGAAAUUGCUUGCUCCAAAACAGAGUCUUCAAAAUCAAAUCAGCAGGAACCUAAUGGACGAACUGACGAGAUUCGUAAGAAUACCUACAAAACCCUUGACAGUCUAGAGCAAACCAUAAAGCAGCUAGAGAACACCAUUUGCGAAAUGGGACCGAAGUCUUCGGAAGAGCCUGAAAUAUUGGUGCACCCUGGAACUCAGGACAAUAGGACUGAAGAGAGUCCAGGGCACUCAGAGAAAGGACUUUCUCCCAAAAUCUUGGUUCCAAGGUCGACUUUUGCCAGUAAAGGUCCUGGUCUACGAAAGAAGACAAAGCCACAGCUCCUUCCUCGGCCUGCCAUCAUACCAACUACUGGGGUCUCAGUCACACCAGUUCCCACCCAGCAGAAUGCCAGCGUGGUCUCACCUACUAGUCGGAUGCCGGUGCCUGUUUCUGCCAAGGCGCGGCAGCAACCGGGCACCUCAGAGAAAGAGAGGGCAACAAAACCGCAAAAGCUACAGGACUCUCAGAGGCAGUUCCGCCAGGCUAAUGGAAGUGCUAAGAGAUCUGGAGGAGAUCCCAAAUCCACUUCUCCUACCGUGCCUGCUUCUAAAAUUCCUGCUUUUUCCUCUAGUACGGGAAAAGGCUUGUCCCAGUCUGAUUCUACUAAUAUUGUUAAUUCUUCUUCUCCUUUAUCUUCCUCCCUUCCCACUAGCAAAUCUUCUAUCCCUCCUCCUCGAUCCAGUUCCACCCCCUCCUCUCAUAUCCCCUCCCUUUCUAAUGGUUCUUUUAAAUUUGCCCCUCCCACUCACAGCACUAAAGGCCUCUCUAUUCCCACGCAGACACAAAACGGUCGACCUUCCUCCUCUUCUUCCUCUUCCUGUUCCCACUCCCCUUUGUCCCCGACUAUGUUGAGUCAGAGUGUGAAGAGUAUCCGUACCAUUCACACACCCAGCUUCACCAGCUACAGUCGGCCACACAACGGAAAUGCCGGUAAAUCAGCUAUUCCCACGGUAACUCUCGCUAAGGAUGCUGCAUAGAAUGCUUCGCUGCUUCGCAACCAUUUAUGUAUCUCUUAAUGAGGUGGAGUCACUCCUGAUUUUACUUUGAUUCAUUUUUAAGUUACGAUUUUAUUUGUUUGAACAGAUAAUAUUGUUCUAUCAGAGUGAACUUUGUUUUGGCAUGACUUUGGUUAUUGCAUGUUAUUAUUUUCUCUGUUAAAGUGAAAGGCCAUCAUCCAUUAAUCAGUGUUUUAAACUUGAAUCUCUGCAAAUCAUAAACAUAUAAAAAUAUAAACUGUUUUAUUUUAAAACUAAAGAAAACAAUUUGAUUGCAGAGAGCAGGCUCUUGAUCAAGGAUUUUACAGAGCACUUCAUUUGAAAAGAAUAUUUAUUUUUCAUACAAGUUGAGAGACUAAAAAGUAUUCUAGUCAGUAGUAAAAGUAUGUAAACAAUGUUUUGGUUAUUAGUAUCCUCUAAAUGAUUGUAGAUGUUUUUUUAAUUUUUUUUUAAGUUGACAUUUUUUUCUUUAAGUUGUAGCCAUAAUAAGUGAAAAAGUACUGUAAGUAUAUUAACCAUUAAUACAAUUUGACAAACAUUGUGUCUGUUUUUUUUUCUUUCUCUCAUGCACUGCCAAUGUCUUUAAGAUUUAUCAUUAUAAAUUGACAACAGUUUUGCAGUCUUUUCAGUAGUUGUGCCUAUUUGCCAAAGUUUGUAUUUUACAUCUUUACAACUGACUAUAUAUUAUGUGUUAGACAUUUAGGAUAGGAUAUACCUGGCUUAACCUACCUAUGUCACAGUUCCUUGAUUUACUCAUGCAGUUUAUGGCUCUUAAAUUAAUGAGUAUUGAUGUCUAAAUGUAAACUAAAAUUGUAGUGAUUGAUACAAUUGCUCUCUACUUCACAUGUACAUACUGUAACAUCUCUAUUUCAGAGAUUGUGUUUAGUUUUGUUAACAUAUUGUACCAAAGUUUAUUUCUAUGCAUGCCUAUACAAAACUGUAGAAAGAGAGAAUGUAAUAGAAAAAAUCAUGCUUGCACAGACAGAUUUUGUAAAUAAAUGUUUUUUUUGGUUUUGUAUAGCUUUAAUUGCAGAAGCAAUCUGUGCAAAAGAGUGUAGGUAUUAAAGUUCUGCAUGCUUGUUGUUCACAUGGCCUCUCGGCUAUGGUUUCUCCACUGAAACACUGCAAAUCCUUCUAUUAAACAUUUUGGCAGAUA